CGACACCGUCAGUCGUGGACUUGCGUGGAAGCUGCGUAUCGUGGUGACGCGCGCUCGUGUCCGCGCGCAGCAACGAGCCUCCUCUGCUCAGACCUCUUCAGCAGCUGUCGGGAUCCGGACCAGACGUAAGCUGGGACCGAGAGCGGGGACGCGAGUCUCAGGAGGAACUGGAGCGGACCGGAACCACAUUCCGAGGAAUGAUUGAGUCCGCUGCAACUUUUCUGUUACUUUUCGCUCUCACGAACACCACCAGUGACUGAGCGGGAUUCGGAUGUUGGGACGUGAAAAGAUCUGCUGAGGGGUUAGACUCAACUAAGAGGAGGAGACCAGAGCUGGAGGAGACCCAGGAGAACCAGGAGGACCAUGGAACACUCCAACACCGGUGUGAUGGGCUGUUGAUGGAGAGGAUUUCGAAUGUCAGCCGGGACCGUGGUCAUCGCAGGUGGAAUCUUGGCAACUGUCAUUUUACUCACCAUCGUCGGGUUCCUGUGUCUGUGUCGCCUGCAGUACUACUGCUGCAAGAAGGGGGAGUCUGAUAAGGGGGAGGAGGACGACCCCGAGUUCACCGCCAUGUCUCCGUCCCGCCCCUUGGCUCUGUGUGCUCCUCCCACACCACCGACGCCGGACCACCUGAGUGACGUGUCCGAGACGUACCCGCCCACAUUUCUCACCGAAGCCAACGGCCCCGUUAGCUACUCGCCCACUCCACCUUUCCCUCCGCCGCCGCCCCCGCCUCCACCUCCGCCGCCUCGCCGCUGCCAGCGCUCACACGCCUUCUGUCCGUCCUGCGCCCGCUGCUCGCUGCCCUUCUACCUACAGCACCCAGAGCGACUGUGCAACGGCGGGCGGCGGAUCAGCUACAGGACUGUGCAGCAGGACGACCCGGAGCUGCCGCUGGACCUGGCCAGCCUCUACCACAAGCUCAACCAGAUCCGCGCGCUGACCACGCACAGUGUCAGCACCGACGUCUGAAGGCGCCCCCUGCUGGUCAGUGAGUUACUGUGGCACCAUGAGGGCUGAUGAUGUAAGGGCUCGAGGCGACUGAGGAGGUGGGGCAGAGCGGAAAAAAUAUUCACUGGCAAAUAAACAACCUUCAUGAUUAACACUAAA